GACGAAUUUCAGAGUGACACCAGGCGAAUGUCAAUAAGCAAGGAUGGUUCUGUGUGCUGUGAGGCAGCAUCUCCUGCGGGGCAGCCGUGGAGCCUGGGCCAGGUUCCUGCAGAGACAGAGCAGGGGCUGUGUGUACUCCAGCGUCCAUGGCUUCCAGCUGGAGGAGAUCAGAGAGAAGCUGCAGGCCUUUCCUGGAGGCUCCAUUGAGCUGCUCAAACAGGAGUCUGGCCUCGCUGUGCUAACCAUCAACUACCCCUCCCGCAUGAAUGCCUUCUCCGGCAGUAUGAUGGUGGAUCUGGAGGAGAGGGUGAGCCAGCUGGAGGGCUGGACAGACGGUAAAGGCCUCAUAGUUCAGGGUGCCUCGGGAACCUUCUGCUCUGGAUCAGACCUCAACGCUGUCAGGGCCUUAUCCGACCCACAGGAUGGGAUGAAGAUGUGUAUGUUUAUGCAGAAUACUCUUACAAGACUACUCAGGCUGCCUAUGAUCUCUGUUGCUCUGGUGGAGGGGAGAGCUCUGGGAGGGGGUGCAGAACUCACCACUGCCUGCGAUUUCAGGUUAAUGGCACCUGGCAGUGUGAUCCAGUUUGUACAUAAACACAUGGGCUUGGUCCCCGGCUGGGGUGGUGCCGCUCGACUUGUCCGCAUUGUGGGAAGCCAGAAUGCGCUGAAGCUGCUGGGAGGUGCUGUCAAAGUGGAUCCAGAAGUGGCCUUGCAGAUUGGACUGGCAGAGGAAGUCCUGCAGGGGGAGGGGACGGGCACCCCCCUGCAGCGGGCUGAGAACUGGCUCAGUGUCUACACAAAGGGUCCUGCCCCAGUGAUCCAGGCUGUGAAGAAGGUGGUGCUGUCAGGGAGAGAGCUCCCCCUGUCUGAGGCUCUGAGGACAGAGAAGGACGUAUUUGGGACGGUGUGGGGGGGCCCAGCUAACAUGCAGGCUCUGGCCAGUAAGUCCAAACACAGAUGAGAGACCGUCAGCUGCUCAGAUCAGCCAAGAUCUUCAACUGAGACAUUUGUGGAAAGCUCUUUACACAUCUGAAUUGUGUGGAAGAGUACUGUAACUGACUGACCUCAAUAAACGAUUUAGUUAUAAAAUGGGGACUCUGGAAAUGUAGAGGCACAGAAUAAAGGAUGAAACUUCAUCAUUUCAAUAAAUCAGUUCACUGCAUCAUACACUUAGUUAGAGAAUCAUUAUCACAUACUUGAAUGGUUGUGAUGUAUUUUAUUUGUUUCUCUUAAUGUGACAUUGUAACAACUCAUCACAAGAGUAAUUUGGUACUGGUACUUGUGGGGGAAACUUCUGAAGCAAUUGGAGACAGGACUCAGAGAGACACGAGGAGAGCUGGAGCUUUGAUGGCAAACACUGACGGUUUAUUUAGGAGCCUCGGCCGGAGAAUCACAAGACAUGUCACGGGCC